AUGGAGGUGAUUGAGGAAAUAGUUUUGAAAACUAUUUCUCCUCAAGCUGGUUUGGUUCAAGAAAAGAUUACGCAAUUCUCAAAGGAAAAUAGCAGUUCUAUUAGUAGUCAGAGGAAGCUGGUGGAGCUUAAUGAUACACAUACUCAUUUAGGAGGUUUGGAGGGUGAUUCAGGUGGUGGAGCUAGAUCUCAUUUCAUUCAGAAACCAACUGGUUAUGUGAAGAGCUUAAAAGUUGUAGACCUCAAAAAGUCUGGGAAGAGCAGUAGGAAGGUCUCUCUUAUUCAGCAUUCUUCUCAAGCUAUUUUUUUGGAUGUCCUCUUGCCUCAUAAUAAAGCUUGUGUGUUUACUUUUGUGUAUGGUGAUAAUGAUGGGAUAAAUAGAAGUUCUCUGUGGAAUGAUUUGGUUUCUUUUUCUUGUUCUAAUAAUAAGCCUUGGAUGAUCCUUGGUGAUUUUAAUUCUAUUUUGGAAUACAAGGAUAAACUCGGUAAGGCUGAAGUGACUGCUUCUCAAUUCUCUGAUUUUCAAAAAUGCACUCAAUAUUCUCAAAUUUUUGAUUUGGCCUAUACUGGAUGUUUCUACACUUGGAGUAACUUUCAAGAGGGUGAAGAUAGGGUGAUGGGGAAGAUUGACAGAGUUUUAGUCAACUUAGAGGGGAUCAACCAGUUCCAGGAUUCUUUGGCUGAAUUUCUUAAUCUUGGUGUUUCUGAUCAUAGUCCUAGUGUUGUUACUUGUUUUGAAGGUAGAGCUCAUGGCCCUCCUCCUUUCAGGUUUUGUAACUUUCUUGUUGAUGAUGAUGAUUUCUUGAAGAUUGUUGAAUCUGUGUGGAAUGAACCAGUUAAAGGUAAUCAUAUGGUUGUUUUGGUUACCAAGCUAAAGAAAACUAAAAAGAGACUAAUGGAGUGGAGGAAAGCUAAGUUUUCUAAGUUAAGUGAGCAAACUUCUGAGGCUAAAAAAGUUAUGCUAAGCUUUCAAACUUCUCUUCAAGAAAGACCCCUGUGUGUUGAGACUGCUAGAAAAGAAAGACAAGUUGUGCAUUCUUAUGUUAAAUUAUCUAGGAGUGAUGAGUCCUUGGCACAACAAAAUUCUAAGGUUGAGUGGAUGGAAGCUGGUGAUUCAAAUUUUGAGAAUUUGCUUCAACAAAAUGAUUGUGAUAAGCUUUUGGUGCCUGUUACCAGGGAUGAAGUUGUUUGGGCCCUUUCUUCUAUUCAUUAUAGUAAAUCGCCUGGUCCAGAUGGCUUCACAAGUUAUUUCUUUAAGAAGGCUUGGUCUAUUGUUGGGGACACUUUUGUUGCUGCAUUUUACAAUGUGUUGGUUGUGUAG